AAAAUAAAAACACUAACAAAAACACACAUACAAAAUAAAACCAUAGCAAUAAGCCCCCCAAAAAUUCUUUCAUUCUUAUUUCUAUUUUUCUUCUUAAUUGUAAAACACAAUCAUAUAAUUUUCAAAUAAUAUUUAUUUAUAAUAUAAUAUAUGGAGGCAGCCAUGAAUGACCAAGCGAACCAAGGUGAAGACGAAGAAGCUCAGCCUCCUCAACCACCACCUGUAUCGGAAUCUCAGCCUCAGUCUCAAGCAGAAGAAGAAGAAGACGACGAGGAAGAAGAAGAAGAAGAGGAACCGAGAAAUGAAGACGACGAGUUGAUCGCCAAGGCUCAGAAGCUUAUGGAGAAGAUCACUUCCUCGCCUGAAAACCCUAGCUCCUCCGCACUCCAUGCCCUAGCCUCCCUCCUCGAAACUCAAGAAUCGCGAUACAUGGAAGAGAAUGGUCAUUCCCCUAAUAAUAUUCGUGCUUCACAUAACAUUGGACGGCUUGGAAGCUUAGUCCGGGAAAACGAUGACUUCUUCGAGUUGAUAUCUUCAAAGUUUCUAUCAGAAGCAAGAUACCCACCCUCCAUCCAGGCAGCUGCUUCAAGGCUUCUUCUAAGCUGCUCGCUGACUUGGAUUUAUCCUCAUGUUUUUGAAGAAGCCGUUUUGGAGAACAUAAAAAAUUGGGUGAUUGAUGAUGCUUCCAGAAUUCCUAGUGUUGAUCACAAAUGCCCAGAUUAUGAAAUGUUGAAAACCUAUUCUACUGGACUUCUUGCUGUAUCUUUGGCAGGUGGUGGUCAGGUAGUAGUAGAAGAUGUGUUGACAUCUGGAUUGUCUGCCAAGCUUAUGCGCUAUCUUCGUGUGCGUGUCCUUGGGGAGACAAAUACAAGCCAGAAAGAUGCUAAUCAUUUAACAGAGAAUAAGACUGCAUCUGCUGCUAUUAUCAUAAGAGGCAGGGACGAAGGCCGGGGUAGGGUAAGGCAGGUUCUGGAAACAACUUAUUUAGAUGAUCUGAGGGGGGCUGAGGAGAGAUCCAUAGAUGACCAAUGUGUUGAAAGGGAUCAGGAUAGAAGCAUUGUUUGGCAAGGACGUGGAGAAGAAUGCUGGGUGAAUGAUGGUGAACCACCCAAUGCCUUGGAUGAAGAGACUGAUUCAUAUGUGGCAGAUGCCGAUGGUGAGGACAGAUGGCAUAGUCGAGAUUUGCGUGAUGGGAAGAAUAAAUUUGGGGAUUUUGAUGAAAAUACAAGGGAUGACUCCUUAAGGCGCAGAACAAACCGUGGGUUGAGAUCCAGAAGCAAGGGAAGGGUUAAUGAAGGUGCUCUAGAGAAUGAACAGCUUUUAACCUCACCAGGAUCUGGUAGUCGACUAGGACAGGGGCGGAGCACAAUGAGGAGUUUUUCAAGACAUUUAGACAUAAAAAAAGUACCAGAUGCUAGAAAGUCUUAUGGCAGGAUCACAUCUGAUGCUGUGCCUGUCGAAAGAGAGGAUAAUGAUGACUGCUAUCAAGAAUGUAGCAUUGGAUCUAAAGAUAUAUCUGAUCUCGUAAAGAAGGCAGUUAGAGCCGCUGAAGCUGAAGCGAGAGCAGCCGAUGCACCUGCAGAGGCUAUCAAAGCAGCUGGCGAUGCUGCCGCUGAAGUAGUCAAAAGUGCGGCUUUUGAGGAAUUUAAAAAUACAAACAAUGAAGAAGCUGCUGUUUUGGCUGCUUCCAGAGCUGCAUCCACCGUUGUAGAUGCUGGAAAUGCACUUGAAGUUUCAAGAAGCUCUAUUACUGUCAAGGAUGACACGAUGAUUCAAGGCGGGCCUGAAGCAGAAACCAGUGAGGAUGUUGAAGAAUAUUUCAUCCCGGACUCUGAAUCUCUGGCACAGUCGAGAGAAAAAUACUGUAUUCAGUGUCUAGAGAUACUUGGAGAAUAUGUUGAAGUUCUUGGACCUGUACUGCACGAAAAGGGGGUUGAUGUCUGUCUUGCACUGUUGCAACGGAGUUCCAAACACAAGGAGGCAUCAAAGAUUGCAAUCUUGCUUGAUAUAAUGAAGCUAAUCUGUGCACUAGCUGCUCACAGGAAAUUUGCUGCAUUAUUUGUUGAUCGGGGUGGCAUGCAGAAACUUCUUGCUGUCCCUAGAGUUGCUCAAACCUUCCUCGGUCUUUCUUCCUGCUUAUUUAGUAUUGGUUCUCUGCAGGGAAUAAUGGAACGUGUAUGUGCUCUUCCCUCAGAUAUUGUACACCAGGUGGUUGAGUUAGCUAUCCAACUUCUUGAGUGCUCCCAGGAUCAAGCUAGAAAAAAUGCUGCCUUGUUUUUUGCUGCCGCAUUUGUCUUCCGAGCAGUACUUGAUGCCUUUGAUGCUCAGGAUGGUUUGCAGAAAUUACUCAUCCUGUUAAAUGAUGCUGCCUCAGUAAGAUCUGGAGUAAAUACUGGAGCAUUAGGCUUGUCCAGUUCAGGAUCAUUUCGAAAUGAUCGUUCAUCUGCAGAAGUACUGACAUCAUCAGAGAAGCAGAUAGCGUACCACACUUGUGUUGCUCUGCGGCAAUAUUUUAGAGCUCAUCUCCUUUUGCUUGUGGAAUCCAUUCGUCCAAAUAAAAGCAAUCGAAUUGCAGCCCGCAAUAUAUCAAGUAUAAGGGCAGCCUACAAGCCACUUGACAUCAGUAAUGAAGCUUUGGAUGCAGUCCUUCUGCAGCUACAGAAGGAUCGGAAGCUGGGUCCAGCAUUUGUAAGAACUCGCUGGCCUGCUGUUGAGAAGUUCUUAAGUUCUAAUGGACAUAUUACGUUGUUGGAAUUGUGUCAGGCCCCACCUGUCGAGCGUUAUUUGCACGACUUGCUCCAAUAUGCAUUGGGUGUUUUGCAUAUUGUUACAUUAGUACCCAAUACCCGCAAGAUGAUUGUAAGUGCCACAUUAAGCAAUAACCGCGUUGGUAUAGCAGUCAUUUUGGAUGCGGCAAAUAGUGCUAGUAGUUAUGUGGACCCAGAGAUCAUUCAACCAGCACUAAAUGUAUUAGUCAAUCUUGUUUGUCCACCACCUUCAAUCAGCAAUAAACCGCCUCUACUUGCACAAGGCCAGCAUUCUGUUUCCGCCCAAACCUCAAUUGGUCCUGCCAUUGAGACUAGAGAUAGGAACACAGAACGUAAUAUCUCAGAUCGAGCUGUUAACAGUUCCAGCCAGAGUGAUCAAAGGGACCGGAAUGGGGACUCCAGUGUGGUAGAUAGAGGCAGUGCUGCAGGUGGUACACAGUCUGUCAGUGGCACUUCACAAACUCCUGUUGCCCCGGCCACUUCAGGACUUGUUGGAGAUCGUAGAAUAUCUUUAGGUGCUGGAGCAGGUUGUGCUGGCCUUGCUACACAAUUGGAGCUUGGAUAUCGUCAAGCAAGAGAGGCAGUACGUGCCAACAAUGGCAUAAAGGUUCUUCUCCAUCUACUCCAACCACGCAUAUAUUCACCUCCUGCUGCUCUUGAUUGUCUUCGUGCUCUUGUAUGCCGAGUCCUUCUUGGUCUAGCCAGGGAUGAUGCUAUUGCGCACAUACUGACAAAGCUUCAGGUUGGGAAAAAGCUAUCAGAACUAAUUCGAGAUUCGGGCAGCCAGACAACUGGAACCGAGCAAGGCAGGUGGCAAGCUGAACUUUCCCAGGCAGCAAUUGAGCUGAUUGCAAUUGUGACAAAUUCAGGGCGUGCAAGUACUUUAGCAGCCACUGAUGCUGCUACACCUACUUUGAGGCGUAUAGAAAGAGCAGCUAUUGCUGCUGCUACUCCUAUUACUUACCAUUCCAGGGAACUUUUACUUCUAAUCCAUGAACACCUACAGGCGUCUGGUUUGGGUUCAACUGCUGCUGCAUUGUUAAAAGAGGCUCAGUUGACGCCUUUGCCAUCCUUGGCAGCUCCAUCAUCUCUCACACACCAGUCCUCUUCACAGGAAGCCCCUUCUAUGCAACUCCAGUGGCCCUCUGGUCGUGCUCCUAGUGGAUUUUUUACAGAAAAAUCUAAACCUGCUGCACGGGAUGAGGAUACAGGCUUAAAGUAUGAUUCAACUAUAUUUUCUUCAAAGAAAAAACCACUAGCUUUCUCGCCCAGUUUUGGUUUUCAGUCAAAAAAUCAGUUGCUAUCCCAUGAUUCUCACUCAGCAUCUGUCAGGAAAAUCUUCAUGACUUCAAAACAAUCUUCUGAACAUGCAAUUGUAUCAGAAACCCCGGCUAGAUCAGAAACUCCAUCAGAGUCAUUGCCAAACCCUAAUUUUGAUGCAGAGUCCCAGUAUAAGACUCCAAUUGUAUUGCCAAUGAAGCGCAAAUUAUCAGAGCUAAAGGAUAUUGGGUCAUUUUCAUUCUCUGGAAAGCGAUUUCAUGCAAGUGAGCAAGGACUUCGGUCUCCAGUUUUUCCAACACCCAAUACUUUUCGUAAAAGCAAUCUACUAGUUGAUACCAUUGGGCUUUCUUCACCAAGUUCUAACCUAAGAGAUCAGCAUGGGCGAUCAACACCAAGUAGUUGUUUGGGUGAUUAUGUGGAUGACAGCCCAUAUACUAACAUCCAUACGGGUCAGGUGACACCGUUCCCACAACUUGGGCUUUUAAAUGAUCCUCAAGCCAUCAGCACAGAGCGUUUAACUCUAGACUCUCUUGUUGUUCAAUAUCUGAAGCAUCAGCAUCGCCAAUGCCCUGCCCCCAUAACCACUCUUCCACCACUCUCUCUCUUACAUCCACAUGUUUGUCCUGAACCAAAAAGAAGCCUUGAAGCCCCAUCCAAUGUAACAGCCCGACUUGGUACACGUGAGUUUAGAAGUAUGUAUGGUGGGGUACAUGGAAAUCGCAGAGAUCGUCAGUUUGUUUACAGCAGAUUUAGACCAUGGAGAACUUGUAGGGAUGAUGUUGUUUCUCUUUUGACGUGCAUUAAUUUUCUUGGAGACUCAUCCCGUUUUGCAGUUGGCACCCACACUGGAGAGCUCAAAAUUUUUGACUCCAACAGCAACAAUGUGCUGGAGAGCUGCAUAAGCCAUCAGUCUCCUAUGACAUUUAUUGAGUCAUAUCUUUCUGGUGAGACGCAGUUGGUGCUUUCUUCAAGCUCCCAAGAUGUAAGGUUGUGGGAUGCAUCUUCAAUCUCAGGUGGGCCAAUGCAUCCAUUUGAAGGGUGUAAGGCGGCAAGGUUUAGCAAUGCUGGAAACAUUUUUGCAGCCCUAUCAUCAGAACCUGGACGACGGGAAAUUUUCCUGUAUGAUAUUCAGACCUUCCAGUUGGAAUUGAAACUAUCGGACACGUAUGCCAGUUCUACAGGUCGGGGGCAUAUUUAUUCUCCCAUCCAUUUCAGCCCUUCAGAUGCCAUGCUGCUAUGGAAUGGGGUCCUGUGGGAUCGACGGGUUCCUACCCCUGUUCAUCGCUUUGAUCAAUUUACAGAUUAUGGAGGUGGUGGUUUUCAUCCAGCUGGGAAUGAGGUAAUUAUAAACUCUGAGGUCUGGGAUCUCCGGAAGUUUAGGCUCCUCCGAAGCGUACCAUCUUUAGACCAAACAAUGAUAACAUUUAAUGCACGCGGUGAUGUAAUUUAUGCAAUCCUUAGGAGAAAUCUUGAGGAUGCAAUGUCAGCAGUUCACACACGUCGAUCCAAGCAUCCCCUCUUUGCUGCAUUCCGCACAGUAGAUGCAGUCAACUACUCCGACAUUGCCACUAUUCCAGUGGAUCGUUGUGUCCUCGACUUUGCAACAGAACCAACAGAUUCCUUUGUAGGGUUGAUUACAAUGGAUGACCAAGAAGAGAUGAUUUCUUCUGCUAGGGUUUAUGAAAUCGGUCGCCGAAGGUCAACCGAUGAUGAUUCUGAUCCCGAUGAUGCUGAGAGUGAGGAGGAAGAUGAGGAUGAUGAUGAUGACGAUGAUGAUGGUGAUAUGGACAGCUUACUGGGUCCAGAUCUUGAUGGGGAUGGUGAUAGUGAUGCUGAUGAUAUGAGCAAUGAUGAUGAUAGUGUAAGUGAUCUUGACGACGAUGAAGAUGAUGGGGAUUUCAUCAUGGAUGGCGGAGGAGGAAUACUGGAGAUUGUGACCGAUGGUGAUGAGGAUGAUGAUGAUAGUCAACUGAUAGAAUCUUAUACUAGUGACGAUGAGGAUGAUUUUGUGGGCAACGCAUUUGGUUACUAAAUGUAAUAGAAUUCUGAUGUAAUUAUUGUUUAUUGGGAUUCCUCUCUUUUUCUUUUUUGUUCCUUUAUAUUUUAUUUUUGGAGAUAGGAAGGGGAGAGGGCAUGCCAAUAUAGAUCGUUUUAUCAGAUCAGGUGUACUUGUUCAAUUUUUUUUUUUCAAUAUACAAGUUCUGUUUUUUUU